GUUUGUUGCGGUGAGAUAUUUGUAAAGUGUAGAGCCGCGAGACAGAGCAGUGUGGAGCGAGCGCGCCGAAAACAUGGAGGUUUCCGCGGUCGGAGAGCGGGUUUUCCCAGCGGAAGCCAUUCUGAAAAGCCGCGUUAGGAAAGGUCGAAUUGAGUACCUGGUUAAAUGGAAAGGUUGGGCGCUGAAACACAGCACAUGGGAACCUGAGGAGAACAUCUUGGAUGAUCGACUCCUCGCAGCCUUUGAACAAAAGGAGCGGCAGCAGGAACUUUAUGGCCCAAAGAAACGGGGACCUAAACCAAAAAACUUUGUACUGAAGGCACGGGCACACGCGGGUGAUAGACCUCGAAGCUCAGAUACCCAACGCACUCCACCUCAAAUCUCAAAUACCCAACGCACUCCACCUCGAAUAACUGCCAAGCUUCCCUCCUCUUCCUCUUCUGCAAGUUCAGCUCCUCCUCAGCCUUCAUCGUCCUCUUCCUUCUCCACCGCUCCAACCCCCAGAGUGCACUCUCUCGCCGCUGCUCAUAAACUGAAGAAAGACAUCCAUCGUUGUCAUAGGAUGUCUCGACGACCUUUGCCUCGACCCGACCCCCUAGGCGAGCCCACAGGAUCCACAACCUCAUCCCGUCCUCCCAUCUCUCCAUUCUCUGAAACUGUCCGCAUCCUCAACCGCAGAGUCAAACCGCGGGAGGUUAAGCGAGGACGUAUAAUCUUGAACCUGAAUGUCAUUGACAAAUCCGAAAACAGUGGAGUAACAAGUAGAAGGUCACCACAGUCAUUCGGGGCACGGGCGAAAAUCCCAUCUCGAAAUCGCAUCAUUGGGAAAAAGCAGGGUGACAUGCCUUACAGGCCUUUUCAGCAUCCUAUGAAGAUGUUGGGUUUCCCGAUGUAUGGCCAGCCAUUUGGGCUCCACCCCUGUGGGUCAGUGUCCUCCAUGGCCAAUGAAGAAUCCAAAACUGGAGCCAAUCAGAGAGGUGGAAACUGCUGUGAUAGCCAUUCCUCUGCUAGUACACAGAAGUUUCAAUAUCAGCAUCCACCUUCUCCAUCCAGCUCCAGUGGGUCUAACAACAGCUCCCUUUCACUUCAGAAACCACAGACUCCACUUGAAGCUCCCAUGUCUCCAACUAAAUUGGACUCAUCAGCCUCAUCACGUUCCCAAGAUGCCUCCCAGCCUCACCAGAAGUCCAGCUCUGCGCCAUUCCUCCCUUCCUCACACUCCUAUUCUUCCUCUCCUUCAUUCUCUCUUGAAGAUGAAGACCAGGGCUCUCAGAAUCUUACUACUUCUCGAGGCAGAAAAAGGAAACUUCAACACCGAACCCAGGUGGGUCGAGCUUCGGUCUGCCAGGUUAGUGACUGCACUACCACCCCACUUCCUGAGGAAACUAGGGAGCCAAAAGAGGGAAAUCCCGAUUGGCACCCUGAAAUGACACCCAGCUGUACCAAUGUAGUCGUGACUGAUGUCACCACAAACCUUCUCACAGUCACCAUCAAGGAAUUCUGCCAAUCGGGAGCAGGUUCUAAACCUUCUUCCCCUUGCCAAGCUGACAACCCACCCUGACCCACAACAGCUGCCUCUUGAAAGUUCUCUGUAAACAUCUCCAACAAGAAUAUAUGCCCACUAAAUUCCAUGAGUACUUACCAUAAUGAUAUUCAUGCAUCCUAAAAUAGUUGGCUUUAAUUAAAAAGCAUUUUUGGUGAAAUUUAAUAAAUAUUGAAGUAAUCUUUACAGGCAGGGGUGCUUCCCUUGACCUCUGCAUUUUAGACAUGUUAUGAUGGUUUUGAAGUACUUCAUGCUUUUCUUCUUCUUCUUUUUUCCCCCAGUGAUCCUGCCUUUCCACAGCCUUUUUCCCAAGUAAAUGCGCCUUGUUUUGUCACCUCCAGUCCUGUAGAGACCGCCAUUCCCAUAUCUCCAGACCUUAAGUUCAGAAUCCACCCAAGAAAUGCUGAUCUCAACAGCUUUCUUGGACUUGAGAUGUUGCACCAAGACAUUUCUUUUCAUUUGAAGUCCAUUUUCAUUGGGAUUAUGAGCACAGGAUGCUUCACUCCUGCUUUGGAAGUGAAGAUUGUGUAUCUGCACAAUGAUUCAUUGAUCUCACCAACUUUUUCCUGUGCUGAUGAAGAACCCAAGUCAUUGUGGAACUUGCUAUGGUAUACAGGCAUAGACGUGACUGUAUUUAUAUGGACAAAGCUGCAAAAUCCUGAGGACAGUUAAGUUAUUUCCUUCCGCUUAAACUCUGCUCCGAUCCAGAUGUCUGCUGAGACUCAUUACUGAUUCAAGUGUGAAUGCUGAGGACUGCAUUUGUAGUAUGGUACUGUACAUCAAACCUUCCACAUAAUCAACUACCCACUUUCGCUAUUGGAGAAGUACCUUCUCAUAUUUGCCUUCUGACUACAAUAGUUUGCGUUUCAUGAAAUGGUUACUGUAUUUUCGGGGCCGGUAACCAGAGGUAAUUUCUCUCAGAACUUGAUUGAAGGAGUUCAAAUACCAUUUAGGGACAUUUACACUAAGUGGGUCUCAAAAAAACCAAAUAUAACAAUAAGCUCUCUUUCGCGCUCUCAGACGAUACAGUAUGGGACCACGUGUGUUGUGUGUUAGGCUGGUGACUGCAUCUUGUUGGCCCUUGAGCUCGUCCCAUGUUGUCUGCAGGUCCGACUGGGCGCUAGCAUUGACAAUACAGACCUGGGAUAAAGCUAGCUGGCUUAGUUGGUGCUAGGGAUGUGUCAGUACUUAUAUUUUGGAACUUGUCCAAUACUGUGUACUCAUAAAAGUGCUCCAAUACCAAUGCAACAACUCUGUCUAUCUAUCUAUCUAUCUAUCGAGUAUUGGUAUUGGUUAAGUGAAUGGGGACCAGGGUCUGUAAUUCUCCAUUGCUAUGUGUGAGGAAUGGAUGGAAAAACAUUGUCUUGCUAGCCUUGGCCACCAUUCACUUUCAUUGUAGUGAAAAGAGUGGCUUGGACAUUCUGCUGAAGAACUCCUUUUAUGUUUUACUGAAGGAAGUCUCAAAAUGCAGGAAGGUGAGUACAUCAUCACAAUGUUUGUGUAAACUUCAUUUAAUAUUUAGCAUUUUACUGAAAGCUAAAUGGUUUAGUUGCAGCAUAGCGCAUUUUAUUAUUUUAGACUUUAUGAAGGUUGUGGGAAGCUUUUCGCUUAGGUUCGCUUUUGUUUUUGGGCAGUCCAGCAAGCAAUAUUAUAUUUAACCUGCCACAUUAGACUUGAAGUAACAGGUUAACACAAUUUAUGGCAGCUAACUUGGUUGUACCGAAGGAUGAUAAAAUGUCAAGACUCCACCGGAGGACAAAGGCAAACCUCAUAAAGUUCCACUUUAGUCAUACCGUCGUCCUCUAAUAGAGCACUAUAACUCUUUUAUCACUGUGCCUUUAGGGAAAUAUGAAAACCUUACAACAUUUUUAUGACUUUUUUUUAAAAAAUGUUCCCCGAAUUAUUUACAAAUAUUGACCAUUUUUCAUAUUUUUAGUAUGUGUAUAUAAUAACUAACUUUUAUUAACAUUAAGAUGGUUUUAGUUUUCUGGCUUCCAGACAUUAAUGUGAACUUAAUUCUUUUCUUUUUCAACGUUCUUUAAAUGGUUAAAUCAAUUAUUGUUAUUAAUAUGAAAUCAUAAUCGUGUGUUUAUCCCAGGUCUGAGAUAAUUAAUGUUCUGAUCAUAUCCCUGGUGCUGCCAUGCAUAGGGCGCCACAUGUGGUGCAUCUGUACAAUAAUAUCUACAGUUAUAUUGAAGCAUGUGUUGCCUUUAGCUGCUCUGUUUAAUCCCACUGUUUAAAACCGUCAAGUCCUUGUUUACCUUUACAUCUUUAAUGUUAGAAAAUGUCACCUAUGGUGUGUAAGAUGUUUUCUCCUAAACAGGUAGCUUAGCACUAUGAUAACGUGGCCUACAUUUGGUGCAGUAGGGCUUGCCAUUUGUAGGUUGUAGCCACCAGGGACCCUCACUGCACAGACAAGAAGAUAUUGUUUAAAAUGGUUAGGAUAAAGGUAUACUGGAGGUAACAUCCUCUAAAAUGAGUGUCUGAUAUGUUUUUUGUUUAUGUUAAGAUUCAUUAUUAUUAAUUUUUCCAUGCCGUAGAAAUGAAUGAUACGUGCUGCCUUUAUUUUAUAGCCAUUGUUGUUCAAUUUUACUAGUCUACUUUGGGUUUGAAAGAAUGUAGAACCCGAAAAAAAAGAACUAAGUGUGAUUUCGGAGUUAUCCGUUUGGUAAUGUGUACGGUUAAUGCCAUUGAUGAAGCCGAUUAUGAUAAUGGACUUGUUGCUUUGACAUUGUAAUGUAGUGGGUGCAUGAUUUGAGAAUCCUAAUUGUACAUUUAAGUGUCAUAAUGUUGUUGCUUUGUGUUUUCCUUGAAAGAGCUUUGAAUAAAAUCACUUUAAAGACA